AUGGCAGAAGCAGUUUUUCACCCCCCAAGAAGGAAAAGAAGAGUUUUUGAGUCGUACGAUUCUCCCUUUCCUGUGGAUAUAGGUGGGAAGGAUUUCAGGAUAUGCCAGGCUGAAAUCAUUAACAACCAUGUGGUUGUGACGAACCCUGAAGAUAUUGAACAGCUCUAUAACAAGGGCUAUUUUGGGAAAGGAAUCCUUUCAAGGAGUCGACCUGAGUUCAGCAUUUCAGAUCCUCUGCUGGUCGCUAAGUGGCAAGGUGUUAACACGAACAUGCCUAUAAUUACCUCUAAAAAGUGAGUACGUCGUGUGGAGUGGGCUAGAAGCGUUUUGCUAGAGCGAGGCCUGGAUGACUGCUCAGUUACCAAAAUUCUUGACAAUUACACUAAACCUCUUGAGCUGCCACUUUCCAGAGAGGAUGGAGCUGAGCAAACUGCUAAUGGUUGCAACAGAAUGGGCCUAAAUGCAGAAAAUACAGAACUUUCCAGGCAGUCUUCUGCAGAUCCUGGCAGUGUGGGGGCCUUAGGUCGUGAGGAUCAGCAUGGAGGCUCCAAGAAAGCCUGUUUGGAGGGAGAUCCUGCAGCCACAUGUGGCUCUAAGGAACAGGAACAAGGUGGCUCGAAGCUGGCUGAGGUGUCCUGCCAGAAGUUUGGUUCUCCUGAGCAUGGUGGCUCUGAGGAGAAGCAGAGCACCGAGCAAAGAUCUUGUGAGGGGAUUGAGCCAAAAGAAUGUGAUCCAGAAUAUGUGUUGGUGCAAGAGGAAGAAGAAGGAAACUUAUGUCCUGAAGAUGACUCUGCAUGUGCACAAGGAAGUCUCGUCAAGAAGGAGAAACUAGUAUGCAGAAAAAAUCCAUUUAGGAUCUUUGAAUAUUUACAACUCAGCCUGGAAGAGGCUUUUUUCUUGGUGUAUGCUCUGGGAUGUUUAAGUAUUUAUUAUGGUGAGGAGCCCCUGAGUAUUGUGAAGCUGUGGGAAGUGUUCAGCGAGGUGAAGCCUGAUUUCAGAACCACCUACAUGGCCUAUCACUACUUCCGCAGCAAGGGUUGGGUGCCCAAGGUUGGACUCAAGUAUGGGACAGAUCUCUUGCUGUACAGAAAAGGCCCUCCUUUCUAUCAUGCCAGUUACUCUGUCAUUGUUGAAUUAGUGGAUGAUAAUUUUGAAGGUUCUCUGCGCAGACCACUCAGCUGGAUGUCCCUGUCUGGGUUGAACAGAACAACUGCUAAUGCUUCUAAAGAGCUUAUGCUCUGCUAUUUGAUUAGACCUUCUGACAUGACUGCAGAAGAGAUGUCAAGCCCAGAGUGUAUGAAGAGAAUCAAGGUUCAGGAACUGAUUGUAAAUCGUUGGGUUUCUUCCCGUGAACGCAGUGAGCAAGAUGAAUUUUAACUGACUGCAUAGGAAAAACUGAUGUUUUUAAGAGCACUUCUUGUUGGAUUUUUAUCUAAUCUCCUGAUAAACCAUAGCCCCAGGACAGUUUCUAUCAACAUUUCAGUUGGUAUGUAGAAAUGCAAUUUCAAAUGA